UUGUUGGCGCCGCUGUUGGACUUUUAUUUGGAGGUUUUAAAGGCGUAAUUAUUGGAUCUGUUAUUGGAGCUGCUGUGGGGAUUAUUCUUGGUGCUGUAGUUUAUGUUUGUCAUUCUAUUGACAAAGUCUGUGUUGCCGUUAUCAAUACAAGUGAGGAUGUUAGUAGAACACUUGUUGAUGUUAGUAUGGCUUGUAAAUCUGCGGAAAAUGUUUGUAAUGCUAUCCAAAACCCAUACAAAACUAUUUCUGGUGGAAUACAAAGUAGUGUUUCUAAUGCUUGGAAGACCUUUAAAGGCUGGUUUGGAUGUUGAUGGAUAA